CAGACUACGCAGAAGCAAACAGAGAAGUGAAGAAAAGCAUUAAAGCCGACAAGCAGAAAUAUAUAGGAGAACUAGCAACGGCGGCGGAAAAAGCUGCAAGAGAAGGGAAUAUGAAACAACUAUAUGACACAACGAAGAAAUUGGCAGGGAGAUAUAGCAGACCAGAGAGACCAGUCAAGGACAAAGAAGGAAAGACAAUCACUGAGAUUGAAGAACAGAGGAAAAGAUGGGUAGAAUACUUUGAAGAACUGCCGAAUAUACCAGCCCCAUUGAGUCCACCGAACAUCGAAGCAGCCCACACUGACCUUCCAAUAGAUAUCACUCCACCAACGAUCGAAGAAGUCAAGAUGGCCAUCAUACAAAUCAAAAGUGGGAAGGCGCCAGGACCUGACAAUAUACCAGCAGAAGCACUGAAGUCAGACAUUGAAAUAACUGCAAAUAUGCUUCACCUUCUAUUCAAGAAGAUUUGGGAAGAGGAACAAGUGCCAACGGACUGGAAAGAAGGAUAUCUCAUCAAGAUACCAAAGAGGGGAGAUCUGAGCCAAUGUGAGAACUACAGAGGCAUCAGUUUGUUAUCAGUACCAGGAAAAGUUUUCAACAGAGUGCUGCUGAAUCGGAUGAAAGACGCAGUAGACGCUGAACUUAGGGAUCAUCAGGCUGGAUUCCGUAAGGAUCGGUCGUGCACAGACCAGAUUGCGACACUACGGAUCAUCAUUGAACAAUCAGUUGAGUGGAACUCAUCACUAUACGUCAACUUUAUUGACCAUGAGAAGGCGUUUGACAGCGUGGACAGGAGAACAUUAUGGAAACUUCUUCGACACUAUGGAGUUCCUGAAAAGAUUGUCAACAUUAUCUAAAACUCAUACGAUGGACUACAGUGCAAAGUGGUGCAUGGAGGACAGCUAACAGAUGCAUUUCCAGUAAGGACCGGAGUCAGACAAGGCUGUCUACUCUCCCCAUUCCUCUUCCUUCUAGUGAUUGACUGGAUUAUGAAGGCUUCGACAUCUGAGGGGAAAUACGGAAUACAAUGGACUUCUCAUGAUCAAUUAGAUGAUUUGGACUUCGCAGAUGACCUAGUUCUUCUCUCUCAUACACACGAACAAAUGCAAAUGUAGCAGCAGCCUCCGCAUCGAUAGGCCUCCACAUUCACAAAGGAAAAAGCAAGAUUCUCAAAUGCAACACGGAGAACACCAACCCAAUCACACUUGAUGGAGAAACUCUGGAAGAGAUGGAAACAUUCAAGUACCUGGGAAGCAUGGUUCAUAAACAAGGAGGGUCGAAUGCAGACGUAAAGGCAAGGAUUGGCAAAGCAAGGGCAGCAUUUCUACAAUUGAAGAACAUAUGGAACUCAAAACAACUCUCAACUAAUACCAAAGUGAUAAUCUUUAAUACGAACGUCAAGACAGUCCUACUGUAUGGAGCUGAAACGUGGUGAACUACUACGGCCACCAUCAGGAAGGUACAAGUAUUUAUAAACAAUUGUCUACGCAAAAUACUCAACAUCCACUGGCCGGAUACUAUCAG